AUGCCUGACAGAGCGACCAACACCAACACUAUUGACGAGACUCAGAUGGACACCAGGAUCACGAGUCCCACCGUCACCGCGGCUGCGGCCUCAAAGUUUGAUAGCAAAGGUCGAGCGUUCCCUGAUACUUUCAACAGCCGCGAGGAGUUCAUUCAACAUUAUCGUAGAGUCCCCACUUUCGAUUGGGAGUUGCGUAGUAUCAAACCAAUCACAGAUGAGCAAAGUAGGAAGAGUCAUUAUGAUUCUACCAAAGGAAAUCCAUCGGCUUGGACGCCUGAUGUUGAUCUGAGCAAGUACGGAAAUUGGCAACCCGACUUUAGCGCCGCUUCCUGGGAACGUGAAUAUCCCACUGGUUCUUCCAACCCAUGA